AUAGAUAAGGAAGUGGAUACAUAGAUAAGGAAGUGGAUAGUGUGAAAUCAGGACAAAGGGGAUGAAGAUCAAGGAAAAUGUAGAACGGAUCAUUGUUAGCUGGGAGAAAGUAACAACAAAGGCACAGGAAUAUGCAUGGAAUUGGAGUGAUAUGGAUCAAGUGCUGGCAGAGGAGAAUCUCUAGUUCAACUUGGCUUUGUGUUUGGCAUGGAUAUUGUGGGCCAAAGGGCCUGUUCAUGUGCUAUGUUGUGUGUUAGAACUUGUCAGUGCUUUCUUGAUCAGUAGAGUUUGACUCAAUCCCUCUCUGAAAGUAAGUUAUUGGCUUGGAACUCUCAUUGCAAAGGCAACAUGAAAAUGGGCAAGGUAGGAACUUUUGAUACUGUUGUUUGUUUGGCCUUUUAUAAUUCCUGGUAUGAUUUGCUGAACUUUACUUCAAGGAAAUUGACCCCACGUGCAGACCUCCUAAGCAGUGUGUUAAAUAUAGAUCCCCAAGCCAUUAACAUUUUGCUCUUGGGGGAUGAUUGACAGCAACACAUUGACUUAAAGGGAGCGAUCUUAUUCAGGAAUCAAAAACGAGAGCGUUUUUAUUUUCAAGUAACUGAUCAAAGAGUAUUUACCACACAGGCAAAAGCCAAUGUCAUAAGGUUCUGGGAAAUCUUGUGCCGUUCCAGAUUCUGGGGGAAUAUUAAAGGACAAGCAAUGUAAGAGUGGUUCCUGUUAACGACGUCACCCUUUUGAUGGAAGAUAGUUAUUUUUUGACCCGUAAAUUCAAUCCCUCUCUUCGCAAGGUCAUCGCCACAACACGGAAUUGCCGGCCCGCCGCUGCAGGGAAAACUGAGAGCCAUGGCGAUGAAUUCUACACCUGGUGGUGAAGUGGAACGCCUUAGGAACGAUGUGAAGUUGCCGGUAAGUAUAGACACGCCGAGAGACAAGGGGGAAGGCCACGCAGAAGCGCAGGGAGUGACGAAUGUGGCUGGUGGCAAACGUGGCAAAAAAUCGGAUGAAAGAAUGCGCCAGUUUAAAACUUUCCUGUGGAACCCGGAAAAGAAAGAAUUCAUGGGAAGAACGUCGAAGAGUUGGUCUCUUAUUCUACUGUUCUAUGUCUGUUUAUAUUCCCUUCUGGCUGGAAUGUUUUCUCUGUGCAUUUAUGGGAUGCUAUCAACAUUGAGUCCGUAUACACCAACAUACCGAGACCGUGUCAACAAUCCAGGGAUGAUGAUAAGACCAUAUCUCGGUGGAGUUUCAAUCAGGUUCAAACCAACAGUCGAGGCCACGUGGUCACAGUAUGUGCAAAACCUGCAAGAUUUCCUUGCACCUUAUAACGAUAGUAUCCAGGCUAUGAAGAACAUUCCAUGUUCCCCCGGGGAAUACUUCAUGCAAGAUGGUGACGAAAGUGAAGAAAGACUGGCUUGUCAGUUUAAUCGGGCUACGCUGAAAAACUGCUCUGGAAUUGAAGAUCCAACUUUUGGAUAUUCUAUAGGAAAGCCCUGCAUUCUUCUGAAGAUGAACAAAAUCAUUGGUUAUUUGCCGGGCCUGGGAACGACUCCGUACGUGACCUGUGAAAUCCUGAAAGUAGAGAGCAAUGCAACGUUUCACUUCUACCCAGAGAAUGGAGCCUUUGAUCUCAUGUACUAUCCCUAUUAUGGCAAACUGACACAUGUGAAUUAUUCAACCCCACUGGUGGCGGUGCAGUAUGAAAAUAUGGAGAGUCAUUUGAAAGUGAACAUUCAAUGCAAAAUACAUGGGCCUGGCAUAAAAAACGACAUCUUUCAAGACAAAUAUUCCGGCAGAGUUUCCUUCAAUCUUAAUAUUGAUGAAUAAUGCAAGAUAUGGGUUUCUACUGGAGAGAUAUAGACAAGGGCAUGGUGCCGAUCACUUGGUUUGGUAGCCAGGUUUCUGAACAAUCUUUGUUGUCAGCAUUACUAUGCUAUUGCUAAGAUACAGAAACUUAGCAGGCUAAUCUCAACCACUCUGAAUUUAUUGCUAGAAGUUUUAUUUGAAGUUAGAAUUUAUGUUAGUUUUGGUACAACAAUGAUAAACCAUAUUGCUGUAAAGUUUCAACUAUAUUAAAAUUAUAACUCUUUGGUUAUAAAUUACAUAAACUAUGGAUGAGAUGAUAAUUAUUCUAUUUAAUUCUCUAAUUGAAUAGCUAUUUGUUUGAAAUUUCUACACUUGCAUGCCUCGGUUUCCUGAUAGACAUAAAUGUUUUGUAGUGACAUUGUGGGCAGUGGGCAGGUGCUAUAGACCUGCGCGGGAAGGUAGACGCUCCCGCCCGCACUAGUCUCGGGCAGAUGAGGCUCGUCAGCCUGGGAAGGCAGUCCAUCUAGGAGAGGGAAAACGCUGAUUUAAAACCUCCACUGCCUUGUGGCCAUAUCCAGUCGUGGAAAAGGCUCCAGGAGUAAACCUCAAGAUAAUCCGGAGUCGGAGCCACUAAGGCAGUUCGUCGUUGUCUACAACCUCGCUCUGGCAGCUCCUGCGAUGGCGCUGGUGCCAAACUGUAACGGCCCUGCUGUUCCUUUGGAUCGAUCAGCGACGUGGAGAGGGGGGGACGUGCUGCAUGGGCAACAGCCUGUCCUCCAUAUGACAUCGCCCAGGCUUGCAUCCAACCAGGAUGCAUCACCCAUGGUCAGUCAUGAUUGAGAGGGGCCUACUAGAUUGAAAUUCGUUUUUUUUUAAAAACAAGUGUUUGCGUAAUAAUGAACUAUGCACAGAGAAUUGCCAAAGAUUUUAGUUCCUCAUUAGACCCAGUAGUCUGGGUACAACGUGCAAAAUAUCAGGUUAAUUUCACCAAGUGUUCCAUAAAAGGCUCAUGUAAUUCUACACUGAAGGUGAUCUUAAGUCAUUCGCCCUGUUAAUGUUAUGGAGCUGGUUGUAUUUUCCGUGGCACACAAAUAGAACCCUAUUAGUCAUACAACAAAGACACAGGACCUUUGCUGCACCUGAUUGAUGCCACCCUUUGGGUACUGAUCUAUACUAAAACCAGCACAUGCCUUAGUGACUGAAGUGUGCUUCUGGAUACUUAACUGCCUCCACCACCCACCACUCAUUGCAUUCCAGAUACCAACCACCAUCUGGGUGAAAGAGUUCUUCCUCAGAUCCUCUUUAAAACCUUUACCUUGAAGCUUAAGCUAUGCCCUCUAGUUUUUUGACACCUCUGCUAUGGGGAAAGCUUUCCUCCUUUCUACCCUUACAUUUAUUUGAAAUUUCUACCUUGAGUGCCUGAGUUUUCUGACAGAAAUAAAUAUUUUGUAUUGAAAUUGUUUAUUUUACAUAAUUUCUAUUAGUCUAUCAGUCUCCCCCUCAAUCUCCACGGCCUUUCCAAUCUCUUUCCAUAUCUGAAAGAUAUCAAGCAAAAUCCUAGUGAAUUUCUUCACCAUCCUCUUCAGUGGACCUAUGUUCUUCCACUAGUGAGGUGACCAGAACUGCACACAGUACUCCAGCUGCGACAUAACUAAUGUUUUAGAAAGUUGUACUAUAUAAUCUUUCUGGUUUUAUAUGCUGUGGUUCAGCUAAUAAUCCCAUUUGACUUCUUCACCACCUUAUCUACUUGUGCUGCCAUCUUCAUGGAUCUUUGGUCUUGUACACCAAGUUCCUUCUGUUCUUCAUUACUCUCUGGACCCCUACCAUCCAUUAUCCAUGUUCUAAUUUUGUUAGUGCUCUCAAAGUGUAUUACCUCAUAUUUGUGAGGAGAUCAUUUCAUCCGCCAUUGUUUUGCCAAUUUUGCUAAUUGAUCAAUAUCACUACCCUCUUCUUCUGCAACUCCACCAAUUGCAAACUAACUAAUCAUAUCUCCUAUAUUCAUAUCCAAAUUGUCAAUGUAUGUAACAAAUGUUAGUCCCAGAUAGAUAGAUAGAGCUCUUAAAGAUAGCGGAGUCAAGGGGUAUGGGGAGAAGGCAGGAACGGGGUACUGAUUGUGGAUGAGCAGCUGUGAUCACAUGGCGGUACUGGCUCGAAGGGCCGAAUGGCCUACUCCUGCACCUGUUGUCUAUUGUCUAUCAUGACACACC